AUGUCUUCACCUCGAUCCGAAUACUCUGAUGCUUCUUACGCAUCUGAGUUCGAUGCGGCUUCUGUUGUAUACCGCCCUAUGAAUACCUGUGACAUGGCCAAGGUUGAGACCCUUCAUAAUGAGUUGGUCAAACAACGGCUACCUCGGAUGUUCCUUCAUCAAUCACUCUAUCAUCCGCACCGCCGCACCAUUGUGGCCGAAUACCCAGUCGAGUCUGGAAAGCCUGUUCUAAUUGGGUUUGCUUCUGCCCAUGUCACAACUAAGCCGGAUUGGCCGGUGGCACUUGAGCCCGAGGUGGACUUGCUGAGCUUAGCCGUUGGGCCGGAGUAUAGACGUCAUCACAUCGCGGAGAACCUGAUCAAAGCUGUGACCGCUUCGUUGGUCAACACCUGUCGGUUCAAAGCGGGUGAGGAAGGGGCGCUCGUUCAUGCUGAUAUUCGCUGCGGACAUGUAAAUCGGGCAUUCUUUGAGCAAGGAAUGGCCUGGCAGGAGGACAAGGAGUUCCAGGGACCUUGCCUUGGGCAAGGUGCGACGCGACCCGCUUUGUUACGCGCGUUGCGGUCUAAAUUAAAGUAG